AUGGCCUCAACAUUUUCCGUUAUCAAAUCCUCCAUGCAAUUCCUAACCGUCACAUUUUCCCUGAUUAUGAACUGUGUUUUAAUCUAUCUUGUUAUCACAAAAUCCUCAAAGAAAAUGGGAAAUUAUCGACAUCUGAUGUGCUUUUUCUCGGUGUUCUCUAUAGUUUACGCGAUUUUGGAUUGGAUUGUACAACCGGUCAGUGUGAUGGGAGAUCUCGUUUUACAUAAGGGUUUUCAGUACAUUCACAGUCAUGGAGCGAGCUUUUCGAUGAUUAUGGAUUUGAGGGAAAGUGCGUUGAGUCCGGAUGUCGCGUUCUUUUUUGUUGCAUCACUCGCCGGGUGUUUCGGUGUCACAAUCUAUGCAAUUGCCAUCAACUUCAUUUUCAGAUACUUUGCACUUCAAAGAGAAGGCCGUCUUCGUUAUUUCGCUGGCAAACGUCUUCUCUAUUGGUUCUCCAUUCCAAUUCUCGGUGGAUUCUCUUGGGUUUAUCUCUGUUGGUUGUCAAUGUACCCUGAACCAGAAUUCACUGAUUACUUGAGAGACUGCAUAAAGUCAAGCUACGACUUGGAUGCUGAAAAUAUCACUUACACGGGUUCAUAUUUCUAUCGAAUCGACAAGAAUGGGAAUGUUAACUGGAGCAUUGAGAACACACUUGGAGCAGUUGGAUUGAAUGUUUUGAUGUUGAUCCCAUUCACGACAAUUCUGAUAUUCGGCUACAAAAGUUACCAAAAAAUCAAUAAAUUGAUGUUACAAGGGGAGAGUGAUUACACGAAACGACUUCAAAUGCAGCUGUAUAAGGCACUGGUUGCUCAAACAAUAAUCCCCAUGGUCUUCCUAUUCUUCCCAAUUGGAAUCUUAUUCUCUGCUCCUCUGUUUCAUUUGAAUAUUGAAAAAGGAAGUGUCAUUGUCACAUUCUUCUAUUCUUUGUACCCAGCAGUGGAUCCAAUUCCAAUAAUUAUGUUCGUAGAUGAUUUCCGGAUCGCAUUUUUUGCAUUCUGCACUCCAAGACCUCCAAAGAAUCAAGUUGCGUCAGUGAUUUCUGCGGAUGCAACUGUUGAUGUUUCAUGA